AUGUGGGAAUAUUGCAACAUCUAUGGUGAGUUUUGCAUUCACAAUCUGGUUGACGAAGCGACGAAGAGAUGGCGCUACUUUUUGGAUAAUCGAUUAUGGAAGUCGGGCGGAAGUGCUAGGGCGAUCCGGACGAUUAAGUUAGUUGGCCGCAAAGUUUCAAGAACAACAGGCGUGUUACCUGGAUUAGGUAAAGUUGGAACUUGUGAGGACACGUUGGAGAAAGAUUUAGAUGAGCAUCGUUGUUUAUGUGAUCAGUGGAUUUUAAAAUCCAAACGGACGGAUUUGGACGAAGUUUACAAGAAGGACGUAGCAUCACCACGAUUGUGCAAAACCUAUAAGAUAUGUUCUGAUCAUUUCGUUAUAACGUUAAAACCUGGACCUGUUCCAACACAGAAUCUUUCCAGCAUCAGCACACCAUCCACUAAAAGAAGCAGUCCCAAGAAGAGAAAAAGAGUUGAAGACGACCCUGAAGAAUCGUCAAGCAAUGAAGUUCAGGAAUGA